AUGCACGAGGAGUUGCCUCGGCUCAGAGGGAACGAGAAGUGGAAGAAUCGAGAAGACGUUCUUAUGCUAGACAACAGCGACGAGAAAAGAAAACAACUCAUGAGGGUUCUCAGUUUGGAACUACCAAUGGAAUCUCAUUGGUUUUGCAGGCAUUUUUGUGGAUGUUUCUUUCCACUUGUUUUAGUAUUAUUUUCAGUUGGUUUUGUUCAAUUAGUAUCUAUACAUGCUAUUGGUUCUGGUAUCCCAGAAAUGAAGACAGUUUUACGUGGAGUAAAUCUUCCUAAUUAUCUCUCAUUUAGAGCUUUUAUUCAAAAGACAGUUGCUCUUAUAACUGCAGUGGGUAGUACUCUACCUAUUGGGAAAGAGGGACCAUUUGUUCAUAUAUCAAGUAUAAUUGCUGAUCUGAUGUCUCGCUUAAUCAGUAAAUAUGUACGUAUUUUUAACCAUGUAUUUGCUAAUGAGGCACACACUAAUGAGUUAUUAGCAGCUGCUUGUGCUGUGGGUGUGUCCAGUAAUUUUGCUGCACCAAUAGGAGGUGUUUUAUUCAGUAUUGAAGUAACUUCUACUUAUUUUGCUGUCCGAAAUUAUUGGCGAGGUUUCUUUGGAGCCCGUCUCGGUGCCUUUCUAUUUCGUCUUAUUGCAGUAUGGUUUAGACGAGAAGAAACUAUCACCGCCCUCUUUAAAACCUCUUUUAACAUUGAUUUUCCAUUUGAUCCUUUAGAAAUAAUGGCCUUUGCUUUUAUUGGUGUAGUGGCUGGUUUGGGAAGUGCUUUGUUUGUAUAUUGUCAUCACCAGCUGGUCAUUUUAAGAAGAAAAUAUCGUAAAUACACUCGUGGUUUGGAAUACAGAGUCUCGUAUCUCAUUGGUUCCGUCUCUCGUCUCAAUCUUUGGUACAUGUUAAAUGAACAGUUACAAGGUGUUUAUGAACAUGUCAAAGAGAUUAAACAAAGACAAAUAAGAGUGAGUGAAACAGAGUUAGCAUUAGCUACAGCUUGUAUUGGUAAAGACAAAGAUGGAAAAUCUCAGAGCUAUGGUUGUCAGUAUCGGGGGAAUUGUAUGGUUGUGAUGAGUUUAAAAACAAGGUCGAGAAAUUUUGCUUGGAUUGGUGGAACAAUUAGCUG